AUGCUGCCAUACUUUCAGUAUAGCCGCGAACCUAUCAAAUCGAUAUACCUCAUUUGCUUCUUCUUGUCGUUCCUCGUCCGUAUUCCGUUCUGGGCAUUGACCAACCUCCUCCCGUCGUGGCGUCCUCGUCGCUCAUGGCCACUCUCGCGCACGAUCCGCGUCAAGUUCAUGCGUACUCUUCUCGGUGGCCUCUUCCAGACAUCAUUCGACAUGGUCCACGUUGAUCCAGAAAAAUUAGGCGGGACUGGCGAAGGUAUUCAGUUGGUAUGGGUCGAGCCUACGCCUGAUCUUGUCGUCGGCGAGAUCCAGGAGGCCGCUAAAAUCAACAACAUUGAGUCUGUGAGGCUCGCUGGAGUAUGGUAUGGUGGGAGAGGCAAGGAUGCCAACGCCGCGAGUCAACCGGCUGGCCCCGAUGAAAAAGUUUUCUAUGAACUGCAUGGUGGAGGAUGGGUAAUUGGGAAUGCGGGAAAGAAAUGGGAUAGUGCCUAUUUUUGUGAGCGGAUGGUCGAGACCGUCGAGGGAUACAACAGCGCAUUCCAGAUUGAAUAUCGCAAGUCGCGAGGCCCGCCUUUCCUACGCCAGGGCGCAUUUCCAGCGGCAAUCAUCGACGCAGUGGCGGGCUACAAUUACCUUGUGAAAGUUCUCGGCUUCAAACCCUCUAAUAUCAUCGUCACAGGCGAGUCAGCUGGUGGUAAUCUCGCCUUCGCACUCGUCCGAUACCUCAAUAUCAAUAAUUUCCCUUCAUUACCCAUUCCGCGCGCCCAAUUCCUCCUGUGUCCCACUGCCGACUGGGGCCGCUCACACGUUGGACCCGAAUCUGCAAUGGAGCGUAACACCAACUCAGACUACGUGCACUGGUUCGUGGGAGGGUGGGGCGCGAACGCGCUGCGAGGUGCACUGCCCGAGUCGGAGCUCAUCAACAACUCUUGGAUCUCGCCAGGCGGCCUGCGCAUGCCACACGUCAAGGGCCAGUUCGCGGGCAUGCCACCAACACUGAUAAUGGCCGGCGAUGCGGAGAUGACGCUUGACGGGGUCACGACGUUGCGCGAUCGCAUUCUCGCGGACAACCCCGCAGACACGCUCACGUACAUUGAGUACCCGGAUACAACGCACGUUGCGAUGACGGUUAAGUGGCACGAGCCGCAGGCGACUCAAGGUUAUGUGGACCUUGCUAAGUGGGUGGAGAGUUUUGACGGGGACAAAUAA